UAUACCACUUGAGUUAACUGACAGCUUGUGUAAUAUGUAAUAUAAUGAAAUUGUUCGAAUCUGAAAUGGUGUAAAUGAAAUGCAAGUAACACAUAGAACAUAUAGACGGGCAAACUAGAUAAAAGAUUCAAUUUAGACAUUAUCAGCAUUGUGGUGCAGGGAAAUUAAUCGACUCAAUAACAAGAUGUCAUUUGAAGAUUUCAUCAAGGGAGCAAGUGAUGUCUGUUAUCGACCGUUCGCCUGGUCUUACCCGUUUGAUGAUUCUGGUGCAGAGGAUGAUGAAGAUGAAGACGAGCUUACCGGACAAGAAUAUUCUAGAAUGCUAACGUAUUUAGGUGAAGUGGAGAAAGAAAUAUCCCACUCAAAUUCCACUCCUUAUUUUGAAGUAUUUCUGAAUAACCUGCCAAAACAGUUUCAAGACAUUUGUCACGAUGUAAAGAAUGCUCGACUUUGCAGCCAAGAACAACUGAUGAUUGACCCUACACAUUUUUAUCGUCAUUCAUUGGACAUCUAUCGACAUGUUCUCACGGAAACGGCAUCGGAGAUUCGUUUUGAAGCAAUUAGAACAGUUUUUAAAGUCUUAGAUGAUUCUACUAAAAUAUCUCCUGUGUAUACAAAUAUUAGCAGUGGUAGUAAAGGUGAGGGUUUGUAUGUCCCUGGUGGGGAUUAUGACUUAAUGACAAUUCUGGAACAAAUACAAGUAAACCAAACUUGUUCUGUUAUUGAGGAAGACCGUCCCGUCCUGUUAUUUGAUAAUAGUUAUUCAUAUCCCGGUUUUACACAUCUGAAAAUUGGGCAAAACCGAUUUUCAACGGAAAUAUUUAAUACUUGGGGAGAAAACACGUUUUAUGGACCUCUUAUUUCAAACGAUAGUUUUAAGAAUUAUUUUCUGUCGCGAUAUCGUGAUAGUGACUGUAAGAUUCAUGGUCCAUGUAUUUCCGAUUCAAAAGAUGGUGUAGACCAUCUUUUUUGUUUCCGGGCUAUGUUAUGGCCAGAUGUGGCAAACUCGUGGUUGACAAGAAAUAGAAUCUCAUCAAUGUGGCCACCAUCUGAUGUCAUAUUGAACUCUGUCAGCCAAGGAAUCUUGCUGGUACCAAUUGGCAGCAAAUUCGGUUCCACUGAGGAUUGUUCUUACGAAUGGCGAAUAUCAUUCUCAUUACAAGAAAGAGAUCUAAUUUAUUCAUUCAACAACACACAGGUUUUGUGCUACACAGUGUUUAAGUACUUGAAAAAUGAUCUAUUGAAAAUAUUAGGAUUAUGCUCUUACUUUAUCAAGACAGCUAUAUUUUGGUUAUGUGAAGAAUUAGAUAACAGUAUGUGGAUACCAAAACAUUUUGUACAGUGCCUUCAUGAAAUACAGCGUCGUCUAAUUUAUUGGUUUAGGUACGGAUAUUGUCCUCAUUACUUUAUAACAGAAAACAACCUAUUCGAGGGACUGCUUCCGGAAGAAAGAAAACAAAUAGAAGUUAAAUUGCUGAAUCUUUUUCAAUUGCUUUCUCAAUAUAUGUUCUCCAAAAAAUUUAAUUUACACUUCACUGCAGCUUAUAAAAAUAUAAAUUAAGUUAACACUCCGUUUCUUGACAAUAGUAAAUCUAUUUUCCUAUUACUUAAAGUAAUCCGAGCGAGUUUGUCUAGGUGCACCUUGAAACAGAGUAGAGGUAUAGUGCACAAAGUUUUAUUCAGACUUCUCAAUAAUAAACUUAGUUAUUAUACUAAAGGAUUAUAUAUGCUAACGUUUUGCUAUGCAAAUCAAGUUUACCCACAAAAUCAACAUAUGGUGUUUAAUAAAGAAAACAAAAGGAUGUACUCGAGUUACAGGCAGUGUAAAGCUCAUUUUCUCAUUGGAACUAAAGUCGACGCCAUGGCUGGCUGGUUAUUACUAGCUUCAUAUUUUUAUAAAAUCGGCAAGCCUUUAUACACCCUUAUGAUUACUGAGAUGAUUCUUGCGAAACCUAGAGAAGAUAAAAUGUUAAUUGCUGAUGGUUAUUAUGAAGACUUUAUGAUGAAAUAUUUAGAAGAAGUGGCUGCAACUAAAUGGAAUCAUAACAUGUCAUUCCUGAAAUGCAUGAAAAGUUAUUGUGUCGACAUGGUUUAUAAUAUACCAUGGUCUACACUGAAUUUUGAAAAACUAUUACCAGAUCUUUAUUUUACAGUUUACAUUAUUCCGCCAGUUAUAUAUGCACAUGUUCUACGUUUUGUAUGUUUUAAUUCUAAUGGGGACAUCUCUUUAAGGGAAAGAGAAAUAUGCGACAUUAUUAAAACCUGCCGCAAUAAUUGUUUUCUUGGAGAUUGGAAAGGGAGGACUAUUGUAUAUGCAAUACUAACCAAGAUAUAUAAAAUAAUGGACGACGAUAAAUCUGCGAAGUAUUGGAAAUCACAUUUUUUCCGAUACUUCGUAGAUCACCCUCAACACAUUUUCCGGCAGAUUCCGUAGAUGAAUCACAACAAUCAGUUUGAAAAAUUGCACUCAAAAGGAAACUUUGUACCUUUUGAAAUGGAUUUGACCCUUUACGAAGAUUAUAACCUUACUUUGUAUUUUUUUACAAAAAUAUUUAUAUAAUGGCGUUAGUAAAGAAUUAGAUAGAGUUUAUCCGCGAAUCUUGUCUAUAUUCGAAAUUCUGAAUUGUUGUUCUGUAAACAU